AUAUAUAAAAAAAGUUGUGAAUCAUCAUUAAAAUCAUAACAGUCUAAUAUUUUCUCUUCAUAACCUCCUCCAUUAAUUACUUCUGAUCUCCAUAUACUAUGGGCUUAUUAUGGGCUUUGACUACCCAUCUUCAUGCAUUUGCAGGGCCUGUUACCAUGUUCAUCUAUCCUCUAUAUGCAUCCAUUGUUGCUACGGAGAAGUCGUCGAAGUUGGACAGUGAGCAAUGGCUCGCGUAUUGGAUAAUGUUGGCUUUCCUAUUUUUCAUUGAAAUGCUCUUCCAACCAAUACUUGAAUGGAUACCAAUUUGGUAUGAUGUGAAGUUAGUGUUGGUUGCGUGGAUGGUUCUGCCUUACUUCAGGGGAGCCGCUUUCAUAUAUGACAGGGUCGUUCGAGAUAAAGUCAUCCUCAAUUAUGCAUACAAUCUGCUGCUGCAAUUAACGCAAUCCAAAUCAUCCUGAUACAGUAUAGUAUUGGCUGUAUAGUUGGAUUCACUAAUCAAUCGUAUAAUAAUGUUGUGAUCCAUCAUUACUGAUCCAUUUAGUUAAUUCCAUUCCUA